CAAAGAGAAAUUAAAAAUUACGUUCACGACGAAUUCACGUAAAGUCUGAAAUCUGAAUAAAUUUUCUAGAUAUAUAGUUCAGGUUCAGUUUUUAAUAUUUUUACUGUAGCUUUGUUACAUGAAGGGACAAAUGUUUGUUUGACGGAGAAAAAUAGAUCGCAUAGUUUAUUUUUAAAAUCAUUUUUAUUGUUGUUCAAAAACAACAUGAGCACCACUGACACAUCAGCUUCCAAAGAAAUGUCCUUUGCCGAAAAGCAGGCUGAGCGAAUGAAAAAAUUGCGCUCCUUACACAACGCUCGAAAUGAGGCUCGAACGCAAAAUCACCAAGAAGUCGUCGCCGAAGAAGCAAGAAACAAGUUACCUUCAAACUAUGAAGCCAAACGAAGACAAGCAGAAUGGUUAAUGGAUGAUCAAACUAAACGGGAAGAGGCUUCUAAACAAGGUAAGGAUUACGAUAGAGUGAAGCUUUUAAAUAUAUCAGCAAUAGAAGCAGAGAGAUUAGAAAGAAAGAAGAAGAAAAAGAAUCCUGAUCAAGGUUUCUCAACAUAUGAACAAGCAACAGUGAGACAAUACAAUAGACUUGUAAAGAACAUGCCACAGGCAGAUAUGGAACAAUAUGAAAAACAGAAAGAGAAAUAUGGCGAUGCAUUUUAUGGUGGUCCAAAUGUUAUUAUUCAUGGCAUGCAUAAGGAUAGAAAGGAGGCUGUUGAUAAGAUGGUAGACGAUCUGGAAGGACAAAUUGCUAAAAGAGCGAAAUAUUCACGUAGAAGGACACACAAUGAUGAUGCUGAUAUUGAUUAUAUCAAUGAAAGAAAUGCUAAGUUUAACAAGAAAUUGGAAAGGUUUUAUGGUGAACAUACAGCUGAGAUUAAACAAAAUUUGGAAAGGGGAACUGCUAUAUAAAUAUAUAUAAUUGGAAGGAAAUAAUAAAAUUGGUUGAACUCUGUGUCAAUUUUAGGUUAACAAUAAAAAUAUCUUCUGUCAUUGAUGAGAUUUAAGGCAAUAAUGAUCAUCAAUUCUUGCCAUUGACAUGUUAAAUAUUUUAAUUUUAAUCCUACUAACCUGUACCCCCUGAUGAUUCUGCGCCUUAAAAAUAAUAGGUCUAGGGAUGUUAUUUCUUGAGAUAACUCAAGAAAAGCAUGUGUUUGGACUCUUAGUCUCAAUCCAUUAAUAACUUGAUCUCUCUCUCUCUAUAAUGACUUGAAGUCAUGUCCACACUUUCAAAGGACUCUUGAUCUGAGGAGAAGACAAUAUGUACUGCACAAGUAUUGGGCCAUUAAGAUCUAUGCAGGUGCUUUGACCCCAAACUUUAAUAAAAAACAAUUCUAUAGUGUAAUUGUUGUUGAAUAUAUCUUUAAACAAGCAAUUCUUGUAUAUAAAUAUAUAAUCUGAAUCUCAGAAAUAGCUUCAAUGAUUUUAAUGAAAUUUAGUAAACAGGUUUCGGGGCUACAAAUCGUUCUAGCUAGGUUUCAAUUUUGCAAAAAACUGCUACAAUAACAUAGAAUACAAAGGUAAAUUUCGCCACUAUAUAUUACAAAACUAUAAUAGUUCAGAUGGGACAUUGGGUGAUCCUGACUCCAGUUUGAAUCCAGAUGUCCUAUUAGUUUAUUUAUGUCCAAGUUUUGUACCUAUAAUAAUUUGCCACAUUUUUUGAUAAUAAACAAUAAUCUGGAUGUCUUAAAACAAUCUGAGCUUGUACAGGACUAGAUAGGCUAAUAAAAGAAAAUUGAUGAACUGAAGUUUUUAUAAAAAAAAAAUGGAUUUCAUAUGGUGUAUUCUUAUUCAAGAUCAUUUAGGUUUGGUUGUAAGUAAUCAGAAGUUUUACCUUUUAAUUGCAUUACACCUCAGAAUACAUAAAUAAUAAACUAAUAUAAGAAUGAGCACAUUUUUAUUUGGUAACAUACAAUCUUCUUUAUAUGUAUAAAAUAUUUUGUAUUACAAUCUAUUGUACACUUAGCAUAUACAUUUUCUUAGCA